UGGCCACUUAUUUAGAAUUCCCGAAAGAUGGCGGCGGCGCCUCCGGAUGAGGUAACCCUGCAGUCUCGCAUCAACAAGGCCACCAACCCUUUAAAUAAGGAGACUGACUGGGACAAUAUCAAGGGAUUUUUUGAUCAGCUCAACAAUGAACCAGACGGUCCCCAGCUUGCAACCAGACUUCUGGCCCACAAGAUCCAGUCUCCUCAAGAGUGGGAGGCUAUGCAAGCGCUUAUGGUUCUUGAGACGUGCAUGAAGAACUGUGGAAAGCGAUUUCACAGUGAAGUGGGAAAGUUUCGCUUUCUCAACGAGCUCAUCAAAGUGGUGUCGCCCAAGUAUCUGGGUACCCGGGCUCCAGAGCCAGUGAAGAAGAAAGUGUUAGAAAUAAUGUACAGCUGGACAGUGAGGCUGCCCGGUGAGACCAAGAUAGCGGACGCCUAUCAGAUGCUGAAAAAACAGGGCAUUGUCAAACUGGACCCUGUGCUUCCUGAUGACAAGCCCCUCCCACCCCCUCCACCCAGAGCCAAAAAUGUCAUCUUUGAGGAUGAGGAGAAAUCCAAGAUGCUGUCUCGCUUGUUGAACAGCACUCACCCAGAAGAUCUAAGAGCAGCAAACAAGCUCAUUAAGGAAAUGGUCCAGGAGGACCAAAAGCGUGUGGAGAAGGUGUCAAAGCGAUUGAACGCCAUCCAGGAGGUGAAAGAGAGUGUCAGCCUGCUGAGCCAGCUGCUGGAGGGCUACGGCAAGCAGAGCUGCUCGCAGAGCAACCAGGAGCUCAUUAAGGAUCUUUACCAGCGCUGUGAAAAGAUGAGGCCUACGCUAUUCCGAUUAGCAAGCGAUACAGAGGACAGCGAUGAAGCCUUAGCGGAAAUCUUACAGGCCAAUGACAGCCUGACACAGGUUAUCAACCUGUACAGACAGCUGGUAAAGGGGGAGGAUGUGUCAAAGGAUGGCAUAACCUCACCCUCACAAACAGGCAGCAGUAGCUCAGCACUCGUAGACCUGAUGGGACUUAACUCAUCCGUCAACACGGCACCAUCCAGCCCAGAGCCCUCCAGCCUCCAGACCCUGACUCAUAACAUGGGCAUCAGCCUCUUGGAUGAUGAGCUCAUGUCACUGGGUCUGAAUUUAAUGGAAAACUUCGACUCUCAGAACACUUUUCAGGUGCAAGUUCAUCCUGAUGGCACAGAAUCAUGUGCAACGUCGGCCCCUGCUGCCGUGUUGCUACCAGCUGUGGUCCAAACAGCGCAGGCUCCGCCAGCAGUGGGCCCCACUGCUUCUCCUAAACCCAUGGAAGAGCUGGAAAUGUUGGGGAAGACAUUGUUACAGCAGUCCCUACCUCCACAGAGCCAGCAGGUCAAAUGGGAUAAACUCCAACCUAAUUCCAGAGUCAGCUUACGAGAUAUGCAGACCAAGUCCGCCGCCAACUGUAGAGGCGCUCCUAAUGUAACCCCCGCCUCCUCUGGUCCUGGUCCUGCUCCAGGGCCCACGUCCAGCCCGAGCGUCCAUUCGGAGCCGCCUGACACUCUCCUCCUCUCCAAUCUGAGUUUCGCAGCUGCUACCGACCCCUACGACAACAUCUCUCUAGCUGAGGUUACCGUGCCUCUGGAAGCAAUCAAACCUAGCAGCUUAUUACCAGUGACUGUAUUCGACAAACACAGUCUCCGGGUUUUGUUCACCUUUGCCCGUGACUGUCCUCCAUCACGGCCUGACGUGCUGGUGGUGAUCAUCUCCAUGCUGUCCUCCGCCCCCAUUCCUGUCACCAACAUCCGCUUUCAGGCAGCUGUACCAAAGGUGAUGAAAGUGAAGCUGCAGCCUCCCUCUAGCACUGAGCUCCCAGCCUUCAAUCCCAUCCUGCCUCCCGCCGCCAUCACACAGAUCCUGCUGUUGGCCAACCCUCACAAGGAAAAGGUACGUUUGCGGUACAAGCUCACAUUCAACCUGGGCGAGCAAUCUCACGAUGAGUCUGGUGAUGUGGACCAGUUCCCGCCCCCAAACACCUGGGGGAACCUUUAGGGAGAAGGACCCCCCCGUCCUCUGAUCAGCUGCUUCCUUUUUAGAUCUAGGUUGAAGUUGUCCCUCAUCGCUGGCUGGAGGCGAGACGGCCUCUUUUAAACUUCCGCGGUUUCAAACUCUGGUUCGGUAAUACAAACUGACACGAGGCCAGUUGUGGGAACCAGCUUCUACCUUGUGCCUUCCUUCGCAGCCUUCCUGUCCUUAUUCCAUCAGCUCCGCGUGUUCCUGUGUUCCGUAGCUACUUUCUUCUUCUUUUUCAACAAUCAUUCCAACGCAAACUAUAAAGCAAACUGUCAGAAACAUUGAUUCAAUGCAGUGACAUUUGGGGGAAACAAGUUUUUUUUUUUUUUUUAAACCUGAAUGUGUGCAUUUGUCUGGUUAACACACUGUCUAACCAUCAAUCAGAUGUGCCAUGUCACGUGUAUUACAUGUAACCGCUGGUGUCUCACAUGAUGUCAUUUUUUAUUUUUAUUUUUACCAAACCCCAGUGCUCACACCCCGGACAGUGUGAGUAUUGUCACAGUUUGUGUGUUCAGUGUUUAUUCUGAGUGUUCAGAGUAGGGUUGCAAGAAAUAAUUUUUUCUUUUUAGUUCAACAAUAAUCAGAAUCCAAAUGGGAUUUAUUGCCAAGUAAAGUAACACCGCCUUGGUGGUUGGUGCAUUUAAACCCUAUUAAAACAAUCAAUGUAAAAGACAUGUAACCUAAACAAAUUUGUACACUAUAACUGUUUAAUAAUAAGAAAGGCUGUAUGGUUUAGUGCAGGAUGUGCAAAAGUUCAGAAUAUAUAUAUUAUGUGCACAGGUCAGGUAUAUAUCCAUGAUGUUCCUUAAUGUAAGGUGUAGUGUCUAGGGGUGGGGGGGAUUAAGAGUCUGUGUCAGUGGGGGUCGCAAGUAUUGUUUAUGAGGCCCACUGCAGUCGGGCUUUUCAGUUACACUUAAAGUCAGUUACAUGCUUCAAGUGAUGUUUACAGUAUGACCAAUAGCCAAAACAGCCCAAUGUAUUCAACCUAUGAUAUGGAAUAGUUGGUAUUUUUACCUGAUAAGUAACUUGAUUAGAUUUUUGAUUAGAAUUGAAAUUAAUUUCCUAUCAAAUGAUGGAUUGAUUAAUUUGCUAACUGUUUCAGCACUUCGGUGUUCUAGAGCAGUGGUUCCCAACCUGGGGUCCGGGCACCCCUCAGGGGGGCGGCAAAGAUCACAGGGGGGGGG